UCAAAGACCUACGAGUGGAUCCUGGAUGAGCACCAAUUCUGUAACCAUCCCACAUAUGCCUGGAUUCACUAGCCUCCCAUUGACCACAAAACUAAGUAGCAGCUUUCCAACCACCAUGGUGACUUCAAUCAAGUUGACUCACUCCACCCUACUUCAGAAAUACCGGUGGUCACCCCUCAGACUACCACCACCCUUACAUCACCCAGGACAACUUCGACUUCUACUCAGAUGAGCACACAGUCUAGGUUGACCACCACCCCAGGUACCUGUGACAAUGGUGGCACCUGGAUGCAGGGCCUCUGCCACUGUCCCUUGGGGUUCUCUGGGGACCACUGUGAGCUCCAGGAGAUCAGGUGCCAGAAUGGGGAUAAAUGGGAUGGCCUCAAGUGCCACUGUCCUAGCACCAUCUAUGGGUCCCGUUGUGAGUUUGCGGUGGAACAGGUGGAUCUGGACACUGUGGAUGCUGAAGUGGGCAUGGAGGUGUCUGUUGACCAGGAGUUCUCCCCGGACCUCAAUGACAACACUUCCAAGGCCUACAAGGAUUUCAGUGACACCUUCCGGGAUCAGAUGCAGAAGAUUUAUCAAAAUGUGCAGGGGUUCAAGGAUGUGGAGAUCCUGUCACUGAGGAGUGGCAGCAUUGUGGUAGACUACGUGGUCCUGCUGGAGUUGCCUUUUAGCCUCCAGCUGGAGAGCGAGUACGAGAAAGUGAAGACUGUCCUGAAGGAGGAGCUCCAGAACCUCAGCCAUAAGGAGGACAGCUCCCAGAAUAACCAGAGUGAGCCAAAGCUGGAGGGAGGAGUGAGGGCCAGUGCUACCAGCUUCGAUAGGAGCCUUUGGGCUGGGGUGCCAGCCCUGGGGUCCUUUCAGCAGAUUGGGAGAGGAGGGAGUUUACAGCCAACUGGGUCAAGGAUGGGGCUAAGGAGGGGCUUGCCAGAACCUGGGUGUGGGAAAGACCCCUUGACAGUUCUGCUCCAAGUUUUCAGGAUGACUGAGGACCCUUGCUUAUUAGGGGGAAAUGAGGGAGACAAGAGGAGCCUUUCCUUGCAGCCACUCCACAUCCCCCCUUAGUGACAGAAUCGUCUCUGCC